AUGCCGUCAUUCCUCUCCAAGGGCAACAAACAACAACAGAGGGCCAGAUCUUCUUCAUCAUCCAGUUACUACAACAGCCGAAAUAAACAUGAUGGUGAAUUACGUUUUCAUGAUGAUGACGAUGAUAUUGACAAUUUCUUGGAACCUUCACAUGACGUUCAACAACAUCACGAAGCGGAAUCAAAGAGAAAAAGUAUUACUCUUGCAGCACAAUCAGUACCUGCCAUAGUUUCAAAUUCUGUUAUUGGAUGGCUUUCUGCUGUAUCACUCGUUGUUCACUUGAUAGUUUUAAUAGCUUUUAUUGCACUACCUCUCUUUUUAAUAUUUAUUCAUUUUGAUUUUUGUUUCAAAUGUGGAGGAGCAGAGUUUUUAAUAAUAUUUCUGAUGAGUUUGUUUGGAGUGGGAUUACUCUUGUUUGGAAUGCUGUAUCCUCUCCGACAAUAUAUUAUUGAAAGGAGGAAACAAUCAAAGUUAACACAAGAAGAUAUCAUACAACAACAAUUGGAAGCACCUCUAGAAGAUAUGGAAGAUGGUGAACAUGGUAUUGAUUUUGAUGAAUAUCAUCAUGAUAAUCAAUUUGAUGAUGCACCAGCGGAUCGUGGUUUGACAAGUGGAAAAAUUUCAAUCUCCCUCGCUAGAGCAAAUAGUAAUUCUGGUUGGUUUAAGAGAUUUUUCGAUAUUUCAGAGUUUUUAAAAACAAGUAAGAAGGAAAAGGCUGCAUGUUGUGUUUUCUCUACUUGUAGUAUUGCUUCCUUCAUUUGGUUGGCAGUCACAAUCAUUGUAUUUUUAACAUUUAUUUUCUUUGUGAGGUCAACUAGAGUUAACAAAUCUGGACACAUUUAUUCAUCAGUUAUUUCUGGUAAAAAGGUUAGGAUUGAGAGAGAACCUACAGGUAUGGUUCACGUUGCUGCUGAAAAUAUUAAUGACCUUGCUUUUGGUCAAGGUGUUGCUGCUGCUCAAGACAGACUCUUCCAAAUGGAACUCUACAAGAUUAUUGGUAAAGGCUCAUUGGCAGAGAUUGUUGGUUCGGAUGCUCUCAUUUUGGACAAGCUUUCACACGUUCUAGGUUUAAGAAAGUAUGCUGAGGAGAAUUUAGCAAAUAUUCCAAAGGAUAUAGUUUCUAUUAUUCAAUCCUAUGUUGACGGUAUUAAUGCAUAUAUUGAAUCAGGUCCUGCUCUGAGUGCAGAAUUUUCUCUUGUUGGUUUCAAACCAACUAAAUGGGAAGUUAUUGACGUUUUGACAUUUGAGAAAUUAUUUGCCUUACAAAUGACUUACAACUACAUUUUUGAAUUGGCAAGAUUAGUUGUUUUGGAGAGAGGUGCUACAUUGGAGAGAGUAACAGAGCUUUCAUCACCAAUGUAUGCUAAUUAUUUCACAGUUUUCAAUAGGGAAGAAUUAAAGAUGAAUAUCACUGAUGAGGAGGCUGAAGAAAUUGAGAAAAAGUUGUGGGAUCAAUCAGGUGCUUAUAUUCCAUCUUCCACAAAUUCUGGUGACGAACAUGUUCAUAAUUUUGGAGAAAUGCUGUAUGAGAAGCUAUCAAAUGACAAGUACCUCAAAUUACUUUUACCAACCAAGAAGGGAAGUAGCAGAGGUUCAAAUAAUUGGGUUGUCGGCAAGAGUAUUUCCGAUUCCUCAAGUGGUUACAAUGUUAACGAUCCUCAUUUGGAUAUUAUGGCUCCCGUUAUUGUUCAACAAAUUCACUUAAAGAUUGUUAAGGAUAUUACUGCUGUUAAUGAUAUUACAUCAGUCAAGAUGGAAGAGAAUACAUUUGAAUUGAUUGGAGCAAGUUUCCCUGGAUUACCAAGUGUUGGUAUUGGUAGAUCAGCUUUUAUUUCUUGGAGUAUUACCUUGUCUUUUAGUGAUGUUCAGGAUUUGUAUGUAUUGACUCCAUGUCCUGAUCAACCAGACACUCACUACAUGGUAGAUGGUAAACCAGAAGAAUACAAGAUUAGAAAGGUUAAUAUCAAGGUUGCUGGUGAAGAGAAUGUGGAAUUGGUAGUUAAAGAAAGUAGAUUCGGUCCUGUUAUUAAUGACCCAUUGAUUACCAUUGCUCAUGCAGAUGUAAAGACUCAAAAGCCAAUGGCUCUCAAAUGGACUGCUCACUUACCAAAUGAUACUUCUAUUAUGGGUCUGCAACAAAUGACUAAUGCAAAGACUAUGGAUGAGUUCGCCAAGGCUACAAGGUUACUCACAGCUUUACCUUUUAGCAUUGUUUUCACUGAUAGAAAUGGUAAUAUUGGUUAUUCGUUGACAGGUACAACACCAAUUAGACAACAAGGACAUACUGGCAUGUUUGCAAUGCCUGGUGAUAUUUCCAAAUAUGAAUACAAGGGAUACGCCACUGGUGAUCAAAUAACAGUUAUUAAUCCACCAAAGGGUUAUAUUAUUACAGCCAACAACAGAAUCACACCUGGUGGAUUCCCUUAUAUUGUUAGCAACGAUAACGAAUUUGAUUAUAGAGCUAAAAGAAUUGAUGAAAUGAUUAGAAAUGUUUUAGAUGUAGAAAAUAGAAAGAUCACACAAAAAGACAUGAUAGAGGCACAAAAUGAUGUAAAGAGUUUGAUCUAUGAAGAGCUCAAGUUUGUACUCAGAAAUAUUUCUCAAUCACUCAAGGAAGAUCCAUAUGCCAAAUAUGUUAAUGGUUUGCUCAAUGAUUGGGACGGAAAGAUUCUUAGAGAAUCUACUCAUGCCACUUUAUUUGAAUUUUUCCUUACAAAUCUUAUCAAAUUACCUGAGCAUGAAGUCGGAAAGAAGUACUGGAAUGAUUUCUUCUAUCUAAGAAGAGCUUUAUCCAGUAAUGGCGAUAUUGCUUGCACAGUCCACAGAAAGCAAACUUGUCAAGAGUUUGCAGUGGCCACUUUUAAGGAAACUGUUGACAUUUUAUUGAAACACUUUGGACAAAUUCCUCCUUGGAAAGUUGUUCACUAUAUUGAUGCAUCCCAUCCAUUAUUGGGAUUGACACCACUUUCUUGUUUAUCUGACAGAAAGAUUCACUCCAAUGGUGGCACAUACACUGUGAAUAUCAACAAUUUUGUCUAUGAUAAGGUUACUGAAACAACUAUUCCAACUGUAAAUGCAGCAGUUUAUAGACAAAUUAUUGGUGGAGGUGAAUUCUCUAAUUCUAAAAUUGAAGGACAAGAUGAUUUAUGGAUCUCACCACUUGGACAAGAUGGAAAUAUGUUUUCAGAACACUAUGACAACUUUAUUGAAAAGUAUAUUGAGGGAUCCUAUCUCCCACUCACCACUGAGGCCAAGUACUUGUCUGACGUUUUUGAAAUUCUUCCAACAGAAAAGUCGGAUUAAGAUUCGCACAUCUUUAGCCAAACAGGUAAAGGAUUUGUUUAUUUUGAGCAAUCAAAGUUUAACGGUGAAUACCUCAACUGCAAGAUGGGUUAUUUUACUUGAUGCAUUCAUUAGAAGAGAUUAAUUUAAUUCAAACAAUCAUGCAUCUUUGGGUCAUAAACAUAAAGCUGAUUUACCAUAUUUACUGAU